UAACAACACUGACAUUAACAUUAUCUUGUGUUUUCACAAUGCAUUUGAUAGGAUUGCUAACAGAAGAUGGUGACUCCUGGUUCUCUGUGGCUUGUGGUGGUUGCAUUCGGUGUGUGUACCAAUGCCCAGGGCACAUUUUAUCCAUUCGGAUCAGCUGCAGGGGAUACGGUCAUGCCCCAUUCAUUGAAUUCGCAACUUAUUCAACUGACACAGCCACUCCAGUACUUCAAUCAAAAUUAUGACAAGAUUUCUGCUUUCACAGAUGGAUAUCUUAAUUUACAGAACUCAGGAGAUUACAUAGUCCCAUUCUACAUAGGUUUUGAGUCUAUAGAGUAUCGUGAGAGAGGAAACAUUUUCUAUCAGCAGUACACCUCAGCUGAUGUUUUACACAAUGCAACUCAAGACAUCAACUCCUACUUCCCCAAUGUGGCCUUCAAUGCUACCUGGGUGUUUGUGGCCACUUGGGACAGAGUGGUGUAUGAUAACUUUAAUGUCUCAAUAGAAAAUGACCAGGAGGCAACAUUCCAGGUGGUUCUGAUUUCUGACAGAGAUUUAUUGUUCAUCUUCAUGAACUACGGUGAUAUUACCCUUCCACCACAAUAUGUCAGCAUAAGACCACUGAUUGCAUUGAUUUAUGGUGGUGGCGUUAUCACUAUAGACAGCUGCUUUCCAAAUGGCACUAUUGACUAUGUGAACUUGAAGACAUCCAGCAACAUCAAUGUGCCAGGACGAUGGGUCCUUCCCGCCUCAAUAGAAACAAACUUCACCUGUUCGUAUCCCUCAAGUCUGGUUGUGCCCACACCAGAUCCGCCUACUAUCACACCUUUUUCCCAGGCGGGUUCGUAUCCCUCAAGUCUGGUUGUGCCCACACCAGAUCCGCCUACUAUCACACCUUUUUCCCAGGCGGAGCAAACUGUGGGCAUGAGUUUGACGGUGUUGUCAGCUGAGCGUCUGAAUGAGACUGUGGUUGAGGAGCAGGUCCUAACCCAGCUCAGAGAGUUCUUGAGAGAGCGUGGAAUAGACGUGUCUUGGAUACGUGUGCGAAGGAUGACUGAGAAACAGCCCUGAAGGAGAGGGAAGAGAGGAAGAAAAGAGAGAGGAGAAGAUGGAGAGAGAGAGAGAGAGAGAGAGAGAGAGUAAAGGAUGAAGAGUGAAGAAAGGAAGAGCAGGGCGAGGAAGAGGAAGGCUACACAUUCAACACAUGGAGUACUUCAUCAGAGUUUUCACUCAGAGCAAUCUCGGGUCUCAUUGUGUCUGAUAUACUCUAUUACUUAUAAUCUAAUUAUAAUUACGUACAAUCUGUCAGAAAAUCAUAAAAUACUGCAACAUGCAGCUGUACUAGUACUACAACUGGGGUGCUACAGCCCCCCCCAGAGGUCGUUGGGGAGCCCCAGGGGGACAUUGAAAAGGAUGCAGAUGAUUGGGGGCGGGGCUUAGUUCAAAAAAGGUUAAGAACCACAGGGUUAAUCCUUUCGGGCAAAACAUUGUGUGUUUAUGUACUGUACAUAAACACAUCAGUCUAUACCAGGGGUGUCAAACAUACGGCCCGCGGGACGCAUCCGGCCCGCCAGAGGGUUCCAUCCGGCCCGGAUGUAAAAAAAAAAAAAAAAAAAAUUUUUUUUUUUUUUUUUUACUUUUUUUUUUUUUCUCAAUGAAAUAACCGAAAUGCGCAAUUACGCCAAUCGGGACAAAAUCGAGACCUGCAUGACAUUAACCCAAUGGUCCCUCUGUUAUACUGUACGGUAUAUAUGUAGUAAAGUGCACAUCACACUUCUAUUAUAAAUGGUGAACUUGUACUGUAACAGGCAUUUAAUAAAGAUCAUAUACUGUAUUAUAGACCUCAUAUAUAGAGAUAAAAUGUCAAUACUUCUUAUUCGUAUUGUAUUGGUAUUGGUUGUAAUUAAAUAAUAAAUAUAAUUGGAUUUGUAUUGGUUCCUAUUAAGCUGAAACUGGAAACGGGACGUUAGAAUGCGUGAAAAUGCAGGAAAUUACAUCUAAGAAAUACAACAUUUUCUGGGGGAAACCCCCAGACCCCCUGCAAAAAUGAACGGUCCCAUAUUUAAUUCAUUGACGGUUGGCAAUGAAUGAAUGAAGUCAAGGAAAUGUUGCAUAGGAUUUUCAGUAUUGCAUUGCUUUCUACAUAUUCAACACAUUUAAAACGUGAUAGUACUGAACACUAAUCCUCUGCUUUACGUUUUUUUUGCGAUGAUGUUACUAAUGCGGCCCACUUGAGGUCCACAUGGGUAGUAUGCGGCCCCCAGACCAAAAUGAGUUUGACACCCCUGGUCUAUACAAUAGCCUAUAUAUAGUGUGAAUACUUCAUUGUAAAGGUGAACUGAAGGUCAGAGAAGGUUUUGCAAUGAUGUUCAUUGAAACUGUGAUGCCUAUUCCCAAAUUUGUUCUAUUUGUGAAUAUUUCUUAAAUAAUAAACUAACAUUUAUUAGCAUGACCAAAGUACAAAACGUUUUACAGCUAAAAAUGUCUAUUUCUGGAAAUUAAAAAUGGCGGAGAUGGAGAAGAUCCAUCCUUUCAUGUAUGAAGAGUGCAAUUUUUACCAGUCAUAACGACUUUGAUGGUGGUGAUAAGUAUCCGUGCAAAAUGUAACAUUCGUGAAUGGGCAGCAUGAAUUGUGCAUAGCAACUGCUAAACAUAGGCCUAUUUCACAGUGCACCUUUAAAUGUUUUGUUUUAUAAAAUGAAAGUACCUAUAUAUUCUUAAUUUUCUUUUUAAGUGCUAAAUCCCUUAAGGCAGCAUGUGAUUUGUAAUGUGUUUCUGAUUUUAUCUUUUAUAUACAUCACGAAUGGAACACCUGUUGUACUCAUGCUCACCUAAUAGACCACGACUGGCAGUGGUUGUGGUGGGAAAGAAAGUGGUCUUGACUAGUGGUAAACUGCAUGAGAUCCAGAGCUUGGUUAUGCAGGAUGUUAGUAUAUUAUUUGUUAUCUUAGUAGAGUAGAGUAGAGUAGCCUACUUCUAUUAAUCUCAAAUUAAAUUAAGGUGUUUGUCACCUUACAUAAAUAGGCUACACAAAUACAGAAACAUACACAAAGACCCAAUGCAUAUGAUUGCACAAUGCAGUAAACAUACAGCACACUUAAGUUCAGUAAUCAGCCUUACAUCA